GGUUCUUUUCCAGCCGCGGAGAAGGUUGUCAUUCGAAGACGCGUUCGCGGUGCCCCUGAGAGUUCGGCUGCCUUUUCCUGUCGUUCGCCAUGGCGGCGGCGCUGGCCCGUAAAGCCGUGGACUAUGUGCGCAGCAAAGACUUCAGGGAUUAUCUCAUGAGUACGCAUUUCUGGGGACCUGUUGCCAACUGGGGACUUCCCAUUGCUGCUAUCAGUGAUAUGAAGAAAUCACCAGAAAUCAUCAGUGGCCGAAUGACAUUUGCACUUAGCUGCUAUUCCUUGACUUUUAUGAGAUUUGCAUAUAAGGUGCAACCCAGGAACUGGUUGUUGUUUGCUUGUCACUUCACUAACGAAUUUGCACAACUUAUUCAAGGAGGAAGGUUGAUCAAGCAUAAUCUGAAAAAAAAGAAUUGAGUGUUUGAUUAAAGGAGAAAAAUGGAAAAGAUGCUGCACUUCACAGAAUACAAGCAAGGAAGGACUUUGCCAUCAUAGUUACUGUUUCUAUUUUUUUUUUAAUUUGCAUCAGCCCUAUCAUGAAAAUAUUCAUGCUAGCAUUCAGUAUCAUCCAUUAACUUUUUUAGCUCCCCUUGUACAAAUACUGUAUAACUGUUCAAAAAUUACAUCACUUUUCUGCCUUAAAAGUAUAUUUUAAUAUUUACAAAAUUAUUCAACCCAAAUAUGCACCAACUUUUCAGAAAGUUAAGAACUGCUGAUUUUAAGAAAGCAAGAAAAGGCACAAUCAAUUAAUAAAAUUUGAUUUUGAAACUGAAUGUUGGUUAUUUGACAUUCAGAUGCACAAAUGUAUUGAAUAUGUGAUUCUGCCCCUUCAAGCACAUUGGAGCACAGUAAAAUAGAAUUUGCAUUCAAGAGCACCAUUCUUUAAAAAUUACAAAAUCAAGGUUUGUUAUUGCAUCUCCACAUAAGCAAUUCAAUGCCAAUUGAAAAUGGGUAUUUCAAUUAACUGUUGUGAGGCUAAUAAUUUAAAUAUGGUAUGUCUGCUAAUCUGCAUAUUUGAAACAUAUAGCUAAAAUUGUUUUCACCAAGAAAUAAAAAAAAAAGUGGUGAAGUGCCAGUUUAUUUAUGAACUGAUUCCAACAAACUGUAUUUUGGUUUAGAUUUACUAUAUAUUUACAGUUAGAAUAUAAAUUGGUACAGGGCUUAAUUUUGUAAACCCCAAUACUUUCAUCAGAAACAUAGGUUAACAGCUACAUUGUUUGGGAAAAUACACCAUCUUAUCUUUGUAUAUAGACAUUCUGUAAAUGAUACAUUCAAUGCCAGGAUGUUUUAUAAUCACAUAUACCCGUGAGCAAAGUAGGUACAGUCUUAUAUCCCAUUUUGGUGUAAGUAUCUCCCUUAAGAGUCCACCUGACCUCUUAUUUUUAACAAAUAAACUAAAUAGUAUGAUUCUAUUUUUGCAUUCAUCUGCAGAUUCCAUAUUAACACAAAAAAAAAUCUGCAUAUAGGAAUGAAUACCUUUGAAAGAUUAUUUGUGUUUAACUUGACCUUUUUGUUGUGAUUUUUUUGUGAUUUUUAUCAACAAUUGUAUUAUAUAUAGAUUGUCUUUAACGAUGUUAUUUCACUUCAACAACUUUGGGGCAGUAACCUUCCCUAUGGGGAGAAGUUACAAUAUGAAUGUUCUAAUGGCAAUAAACUACUUUGAGACAAUUUAUAA